AUGUUCACUGGCAUUGUCGAGCUCAUAGGUACUGUUUCCGACUACCAAGAAUAUGACGCUACCCAUAGCGGUGGUGGAGGUGUUUCCGUUACCGUGACCAAUGCCUCUGAAAUCUUGGGCGACUGCCACAUUGGUGACUCGAUAGCUGUGAACGGGAUAUGUCUGACAGUAACAGAGUACUCGGACGACAGUUUCAAGGUUGGAAUUUCCCCUGAGACGAUUAGAAGAACAAAUGUUUCUUCUUGGGAAACGGGCACCAAAGUCAAUUUGGAAAGGGCCGUGGGUCAAGAUGUCAGGUUCGGUGGCCACUACGUACAAGGACAUAUUGAUGGUGUGGCCAGGAUCACCAGCCGCGUCCCUGAAGCUAACUCUAUAGUUUUUGGGUUUAAACUACGGGAAAAAGAGUUCGAAAAGUACAUUGUGGAAAAGGGAUUUAUAUGUAUUGAUGGUACCUCUUUGACUAUCACCAAAAUAGACGAUGACGGUGUGUUUUAUAUCGCCAUGAUCAAGCAUACUCAGGAAAAGGUAGUACUGCCUUCAAAGGCUAUUGGGGAUGAAGUCAAUAUUGAGGUUGAUUUAACCGGAAAAGUCAUUGAAAAACAAGUCGUCUUGCAACUGCAAGACCAGAUCGAGAACGAGCAAUCCCCCCUGACCAAACUUGUCGAGAAGCUAGUUGACCAAAAGCUGCAAAAAUUGAUUGGCAAAUGA